CUCCCUCCCCGGGCAUGCCCACUGCGAGCCCGGACUUUGGCUCAACUCUCCCCGAGCCCCGAGCCCUGCACAUAUGGGACGAUGAGAGCGGUCCCCCAUGAGCUCCAGGCCUUUGUCUCUGCGAGGAGAAGGAGGAGGAAGAGGCGCCCGGAGCUGCCCCGCGUCCCCUGAGAGCCUCGCCCGCCCGCGGGCUCCCGGAGGACGAUGCUCGCCUGCCUGGCCAGGGGCAGUUUGCUGGAUAUUCUCCAGGAGGGCUUCACGGAGCAACAGCUCCAGGCAUACGUGGCCUGGGUGAAUUCCCAGCUGAAGAAGAAGCCAACGGUGAAGCCAGUCCAGGACCUGAGACAGGAUCUGCGGGAUGGAGUCACUCUGGCUCUGCUCAUUGAGAUUGUAGCUGGUGAGAAGCUCAGUGGCAUUGAGGCCAACCCCACCAGCCAGCAGGAGAUGAGGGAAAAUGUGGAGAAAGUCUUACAGUUUGUGGCAUCCAAGAAGAUCCGCAUGCACCAGACAUCAGCUAAAGACAUCGUCGACGGGAACUUGAAGUCCACCAUGAGGCUGAUCCUGGCCCUGGCCGCCCACUUCAAGCCGGGCUCUGGGAGAGCCGUGGGUGCCAGCGGGGCUGGCCCGGUGGGGAAGGGCUGGGCAGUGCCCCCGGGCAGCCACAGACCCCGCUCUGCCGCUGCCAUGGCCCAGGGGGCUGUGGCUGCCCUGGCCGAGGUCCGGCAGGACGUGCUGCACUCCGGCCGGGACGUGUUCCGCCACAGGCACCGGAACAGCAGCAUGGAUGAGGAGAUUGAAAAUCCCUACUGGAGUGUCCGGGCACUGGUGCAGCAGUAUGAGGGGCAGCAGAACGUGCCAUUGGAGUCCCACUCCUCCAGUCUCACAUCACCCAGCCCUGUCCACAGUGCAAAGAGUGAAUCCACCGUAGCCCCAUCGGAGGAGAAGGAAAGGCUUGUGAUCCUCCAAACUGAAGAAACAGAAACUAAAACAGAGGAGACUGAUUCCCGUUUCCAGCCUGAGUGGCAAGCAGGGAACUCUGGGUCAUACUUGGAGAACUCAUGGGAGGAGCAGCUUUUGGAGCAACAGGACCACUUGGAAAAGGAGAUGGAGGAAGCAAAAAAGAUGAUUUCAGGCUUGCAGGCUUUGUUGCUCAACGGGUCUUUACCUGAGGACGAGCAGGAAGGGUCCUUUGAGCUCUGUGAACGUGGAGCCUGCCCUGAAGAGCAGCUGAUCAUAAUCCGAAGUCGCCUGGACCAGAGUGUGGAAGAAAAUCAAGACCUAAAGAAGGAGCUGCUGAAAUACAAACAAGAAGCCCGAAACCUCCAGGGGAUAAAGGAUGCCCUCCAGCAGAGGCUGAUCCAGCAGGAUGCUUCAGUCCUGCAGCUAAAGCAGGAGCUGCUGAGAGCAAACAUGGACAAGGAGGAGCUGCACAACCAGAACGUUGAUCUUCAGAGGAAGCUCGAGGAGAGAAACCGGCUGCUGGCAGAGUACAAAAAGGAGCUGUGCCAGAAGGACCGGCACCUGCAGCAGCACCAGACCAAACUGGAUGAGAUGCUCAGGCAGCUCUCCGAGGCCAGCUACCAACAGGUGGAUUUGGAGCGGGAGCUGGAGCACAAGGAGGCCCUGCUGGCUCACUGCAUGAAGAGGGAGGCUGAGGAGGUGAUGGUUUACAGCAGUCACAGUGCCCAGAGCAAUGGCUUUCUCCAGACAGCAGGAAAAGGAGCCACUCCCACGGCCCACCGAGGGACCAACGACCUGCAGCUGGUCCGGGACGCCCUUCGCAGCCUCAGGAACAGCUUCAGUGGCCACGACCCCCAGCACCACACCAUCGACAGCCUGGAGCAGGGAAUCUCCAGCCUCAUGGAGCGCCUGCACCGCAUGGAGACCCAGAAGAGGCAAGAGAGAAGGGUGCGGGGGAAAUCACCAGCCAGCAGAGCAACCAACGAGUGCAGAGACUCCUGGCCUCCCAAAUCCAAGCUGCCUCACUCCCACAGCACCCCAGUGAUGAGCACCAGUGCCUGCACCAAAGUGCUGUACUUCACCGACCGCUCCCUCACCCCCUUCAUGGUCAGCAUACCAAAGAGGUUAGGGGAAGUGACCCUGAAGGAUUUCAAGGCAGCUAUUGAUCGUGAGGGAACCCACAGGUACCACUUCAAAGCCCUGGAUCCAGAGUUUGGCACAGUCAAGGAGGAGGUAUUCCAUGAUGAUGACGUCAUUCCUGGCUGGGAGGGGAAAAUUGUGGCCUGGGUGGAAGAAGACCACGGGGAGAACUAAUGGAGCUUCCAAGUCUUGUUGCUAUGGAAACCUGCGACUGGCUGCCGAGCUCCAAGGGUGACCAGCAAGGCGGUGAGAGCUGGGAGGAGGCCAACUCGAGCUGCCAAAAAAAACAGCCUCUCUGCAAACAACGGGUACUGCAUGUUGUCUGCGUGGACACCUGGCCCCUGACCCCCCAUGCCCAGGUGAAGGUGGUGUUCUGGGACUGAAAUGACGGGUCUGUGGGGAUGAAACACAUGGGCUUUGUCCUGUCAGCUAAACCCUGGAGGCCUUAAUGAUGCUCUGCUCCCUUCUCCUGCUCCCCCACCCCUGCAACAUGUGCUGCAGGCUCACCUGGGCAGUUCAAGUCUGGUUUCUUGUGCUGGUGUUACAUAAACAUGCACUGACGGCAAAAAAUGUGAAGCUUUGCCUUUGUGAGUCAGAACAAGCCGCUGGAUUACGGGAGCUGAAGGCUUGGACCACCUUUUGUCCUGGACUUGCACAUGCUGCAGGAGCAGAGUGGACUUUGGGGACAUUCCAGACUGACAGUACCUGUCCCGGGGAGGGAACAGUCUUCUGGAGGUUUUAUGCAUGGCCUGAAGCAAAGAUCAGUUUCUCCCAAACUCAGGCUCCCAUUUCCAGCCCUGCUUUCCCCCCUCGCUCUCCAAAGCUGUCCUGGCUCCCGAGGCCCUCGGGCUUCACUCUGUGUCCGUGGGGACUGGUGAUUUGCUGAAGGAUUUCACGUGUGGAACUGAGCUCUCCCUGCACUCCUGCCCUCUCCUCUGUCACCCCCUGUGCACAGGCAUCACUGUGCUGCUGUGCACUCACUGCCAGGGCCACCCUGCACUUACCCACACCGCUCCCCUGGGAUGCUGAACCCUGAAGGAUCAGGAAGCUUGGGAAAGAACAAGCCCUAAAAUCCCCGAGGGUGGGUCUUUUCCUCUUUGGUUUUCGUGGUUUUAUUUCUCUACGUUGCCUGUCUCUGCAGCCACUGUGGGCUUGGGAGGUCAAAUGGCAAGUCAGGGAAUGGGAAUGAGCGUUCCUGGUACCUGUGGCCCUUCCGUGGGUGAUCUGUGUGUGCUGUGCAUGAGGCUGGGACAAGGGGAACCUGGUUUUACUGUUUUAUAUUAACAUGUCCUUUUGUAAACAUGUUCUUGGAAUUAUUUUGUACUGAUUUACAUUUGUCUGAGGACUGUGGAUAUUUUUAUACUAGUGCAAGUGCUCUCUGUACAUUUCUGCACGCAUUAUACUGUGUUUUACUCAUUUCCUAGUGGAUGCUGAAAUGUUUUGUAUUGUCUUCUGUUAACACAACACUGGGCUUGUAAAUCUUAUAUAUUUAAUUUUUUUUACUACGGAAA